CUCUGCUCAGCUCAGCUCGCUUCACUCACUUCCUGCUUCCACAUCCAGAGCGACCCAUAACACAAGAAACCGAAUUUUGAACCUUCUCCGAGCUCGGUUUGCUUUCUGAGGUUUAUGUCGGAGAUGGCCAGAGAGGUAGCGGCGGCGGCGGCGGGAGCGGGUGCGGGUGCGGGGGCGGGCGAGAAUCCGGCGGAUUCGGGCGAUUCCAAGUACAAGGGGGUGCGGAAGCGGAAGUGGGGCAAGUGGGUGUCCGAGAUCCGCCUCCCCAACAGCCGCGAGCGCAUCUGGCUCGGCUCCUACAACUCCGCCGAGAAGGCCGCCCGCGCCUUCGACGCCGCCCAGUUCUGCCUCCGCGGCCGCAACGCCCGCUUCAACUUCCCCGACGACCCCCCGGACAUCGCCGGCGGCCGCUCCCUCGCCCCGCACGAGAUCCAGGUCGCCGCCGCCCGGUUCGCCAACUCGGCCGCCCCGGCUGCGGCGGCGGCCGCGUCGGCCUCGGAACCCCCGAGGAGAAAUAGUGACCACAACCUCAGCUCGGAGUAUCAUCCGGCGGCGAGCGACGUACAGGCCGAGUCGGCCUCCCCGUCGGUAUCGGAAGGGACGGUCCAGAUGGACUGCGAUUGGGGCAUGGACAUGAACAUGGGCGGCCGGUUUCAGGAUCUCCUGACCGGCAACAUGGGCUCGGGCAAUUACGCGACGGAUUACGGGUUGUAUUCGGGCUACGACGAGUUCACGACGAACGAUUACUUCGGCGCGUCCACCAUGCCCAACGUGGGGUUCGGUGACGAGAACUUCGAUGGUCUUCCCGUCCAAGACUCCUUCCUAUGGAAUUUCUAGAAGCGCACCAAAGCGUUGAAAACCGGGUCGGAUUCUGUUCAAGUUUUAGUCGCCGGAGUUUUGACAAGAUCUGUGCACCCGGCGGCUGCGGAAAUCGCUCGGGUCGACCAUCAUCCUUUUGCUCCGCCCUUUCUGUCUCUGAGUUGACCAGUUUUUAGCACGGUCAUCUUUCGAAGCUCGCUCUUAUCCUUCGAGGAGAAAGUCCAAUACUUUACACUUGUAGUUCUUGGACAUUCUUUAAUUAAAUUGAUUAGUUCAAAUGGAAGCAAAACCAAAAAGGGUGAAACACGAAACUAAUCUUUUUUAUUUUGUUACUCAUGAAUAAAAAUGAUUUAAAUUCGGCGA